AUGUCCUUUUUUGAAAACGACACCGCCAUUCGUAUACACAUAAAACGCAUCCUGUCAGCCAGAGGCUCAUUAAACAUCACCGAAGCUCUUGUGGAUCGUGUAUUAAACAUCCACAAAAACAAUUUAUUAGCAAACAAAAUGGAAGAAUAUAACAAUAAAACAGAAACAAUGAGCGAUCUUAUAAACACUCACGAAUGCGGUGGCAGGCUGAAGCUAUGGGCAACAACUUACGCAGAAUACCACCCUUAUUGUGCUGUUUUAGUUUGCAUAUUAGGCAUUAUAACUAAUUGUCUAAACAUAAUUGUUUUAACGAGAAAAGAUAUGGCAACUGCGCCGAUUAAUAGGAUUUUGACUGCGCUGGCAUGGGCUGAUAUGCUACUCAUGUUGGAAUACAUUCCUUUUACUGUAUACGAUAAGCUCGAUUCCCAAGAAAAAGAGCUUACCUAUAAUGGAGCUGCAUAUGUUUUGUUCCACAUACAUUUCACUCAAGUGUUGCAUACGACGUCUAUUUGCUUGACUCUGACGUUGGCAAUUUGGAGAUUUCUCGCUAUAAGGUACAUCGAUAAAAACCAUAUCCUAUGCUCCCACCAACGAUGUACUUUAGGCAUCAUCAUCUGCUAUCUUCUCCCCAUUUUCCUCUGCCUUCCUCAAUACAUCACGUUCAAGAUCGAAACCAUUUGCCUGGAAGAAGACAGCAUCCUCUACACCCUUUACAGAGUGGGUUUGAGCGAUAUCGUUGAAAAGCACAAAGCCCUCCUGAAAGUUAACUUUUGGAUUUAUUCUAUUUUUCUAAAGAUAUCACCUUGCGUUAUUUUGAUUGUCAUCAGUAUUUGGCUAAUAAGAACGUUGUUCAAAGCCACAAAAGGCCGACAAGUGCUCAAAGGCUACGAUAAUAUAUUACCAGGAAGAGAGAGCAAUAAAAAAUUAUCAAAAUACGAAAGAAGAGCUGAUAGGACUACAAAAAUGCUGAUAGCUAUACUGUUCCUGUUUCUAUUGACAGAGCUACCGCAAGGGCUGUUCGCUCUAGUCAUCGCUCUGGAUGGCAAAGAGCUAUUUUUGACAUGCUAUCAACAUUAUGGAGAAAUAAUGGACAUUUUUGCGUUGCUCAAUGGAUCCAUCAACUUUAUAUUGUAUUGCUGCAUGAACAGGAUGUUUAGGAUUACAUUUGGACAGUUAUUCAGGAGCAAGAUCCUGAGCAGGUGGGCGCAGCCCACUAUUUCGGAUACUCCUACCCUGAUAGUUGGAAACAACAAAACGAUAACUACGACUGUGUGAAGUGGUGAAUUGGGCUCGUCUGUGGAAUGGGACGAUGUAAAUACGUGUAAAUACAUACAAACUAAAAUAAAUUUCAUGUGAUGUUGAUCAAUUACUGCAUUUUGGAUAGAUGUGUAAUAAUAAUGUUUUACCUAAGUUACAUAAAUGGAAAUAUAUAUUUUCUUCUAAUAGGUUUAA